AGAGGGCCAUGCAGCAGGUGUUGAAGCUGGAUCAGGACUGUGAAGAGGCCUCCAUUGAGCUCUUCAACUGCAAGGUCCUGCAACUCAUGGAUCUGGGCUUUGAAGAGGGGCAGAGUGUGUUGCUGUUGGAGAAGUUUACCACGGUUCAGGCUGCUCUCGGCUCCCCUGAGGCUGAUAGAGUGGUGGACCUCUCCCCUGAGGACUCUACUGGGUCCCCCUGUCCCUCUCUCUGGGUGGGGAACGUCACCGUGGACCUCACGGAGAAGCACAUAUGGGACCUUUUCAAAACGUGUGGUGAGAUAGAGAGUGUCAGAGUUCUACAUGAGAGAUUCUGUGCCUUUGUCAACUUCAAAAAUGCCAACAUGGCUGCUCGCGCCUUGGAGAGGCUCCAGGGUGUGGAGCUGGAGAGCACCAGGCUGGUAAUCAGGUACCCAGACCGCUGGAUCCAGAGAACCCCUCCCUCUCCUCAGAGGACCAACUCUAUAGGCCUCAACACCUCCUCAACCUCCCAGUACGCCUCCACAGGGACCAGGAGGAUGGCUCCCAUCAAUGGUGACGAGUGUUUCUUCUGGAGGACCACCGGCUGUUUCUAUGGUGACGGGUGUCGCUUCAAACACAAGCCUGACCAGAGAGGAAGAGACAGGAAACCAUGGCAACCCUGACCACCACGCAGGGACUGGAUAGUACAGAGGGAGGAGAAUGAUGAGGAUGAGGGACUGUGUCCCUACUUUAAAAGGGAAAAGGAGGUUGAGGGUGGGGG